AUGUAUCGUCACUUGUCUCACAUGUGCUGUCAGUGCGAAUGGAGAAAAUUAAAGAAAUACGACAGCGGCAAUGAGUUUCCCAGUUUACCAGCAUCUCUUCCUCAGGCGUUGGUGCUCAUCCCGCUGCUGCUGAGAGACGGACAGCUGCUGCUCUUACUGACAGUGGGUGUGUUGCACCUGCAGCAGCACGCAGGUGAAGUGUGUUUCCUGGGAGGAAAGCAUGAGUCCGGGGACAGAGAUCAGGUGCACACCGCUCUAAGAGAGACAGAGGAGAUCGGCCUUCCUCCUGACAGAGUGCAGGUCACCUUCAAACUCUUACCCACCCUGAACUAGACUGGUCUUCUGAUCACUCUGGUUGUGGCUUUCAUCGAGGACUCCUUCAGAGCGUGUCCGAACACAGACGAGGAGAGAGGGGUGUUCACUCUUCCUCUAUGGUUUUUCACUAAAGAGGCGGAUCACUCCGGCUAUCCUGUGCCCAGCGUCUUCAGCCUGAUCCACAGCUUCAUGUACACUGACCCCAGCACAGGCAGCAUCCAUCAGAUCUGGGGUCACCAUUACUGUGCUGUGCUGAGUUUGAGGUCGACAUUAACUUGGAAAAUCCAGUUUCUUGGUUUAAAGACAUGCUGA